AUGGAAAUAACAAGUAAAUAUGACUGCAAGUUACCUGAUGGGAUCAGUUUGAUCGAUUAUGUCUUUGAAUAUUUCGAUAAGUAUGCUGAUAGAGAAGCUGUGGAACUAGCUAUGAAUAAGAUUAAUAGACGGACUAAUGAUAUAAUGGCUAAAUCUAGUACUAAAAAUUUCAGAAGGUUUAGUAUGGUCGAUGCUGCCAGUGGCCGAUGCUAUACUUAUGCACAAAUUCGAGGAUUAGCUCGUAAAUUUGCUUCUGCUUUAACUCGCCGUGGUCUACAGAAGGGCGAUACUGUUGCCGUCUACUCACCUAAUAUUCCUGAAUAUCCAAUCGUCUUCUUUGGUAUUAUAAUAGCUGGUGGUACUAUUACUACUUGCAAUCCGUUAUACACUCCUAAAGAGUUAUCUCAUCAAUUGCAUCUUGCUGAAGCAAAGCACAUUUUUACUGUUAAUCUGUUUGCUGAAAAAGCCAAGGAGGCAGCAUUUCUAAGCAAAAUUUCUAACAUUUACGUCCUUGGAAGUCCAACUGGUGACGGUAUAACAUCUUUUCAAGAAUUACUAGCUGACGAUGGUAGCUAUCUGAAAGAAGUUAAGUUCGACGUUCGUGAAGAUGUCGCUGUAUUACCAUUUUCGAGUGGUGUAAUGCUAACCCAUUACAAUAUUGUCAGCAAUCUUAGUCAAGCAACAGUUAAAGGAUUCUUUUACGUUAAUGAAGACGAUGUUAUGCUAGCUUUACUACCAUGGUUUCAUAUAUAUGGUAUGGUAACUAUUCUCUUUGCUGGAUUACGCUCUGGUACUAAAAUAGUUUCCAUGGCAAGAUUCGAACCAAAAAUCUUUCUUGAGACUAUUCAGAACUAUAAGAUAACUGUGGCUCCUAUAGUGCCCCCAAUCGCUGUAUUUCUGUCGAAACAUCCACUAGUAAAUAGUUUUGAUAUUUCUAGCUUAAAAGAUGUUAUAAGUGCUGCUGCACCUUUGGGUAAAGAUACUCAAUAUGCUCUAACAGCACGAUUAGGAGUAAAUGUUCGCCAAGGUUAUGGCAUGACUGAGCUAAGCCCGGUUGUUAGUAUAUCUAUACUUGGAAAUAGUAUGGCUGGCUCAGCUGGAGUAUUGGUUCCACAUACCAAGGCUAAAACAGUAGAUAUUGAGACUGGUAAGGCCUUACCUUGUGGAAAAUCAGGAGAAUUGUGCUUCAAGGGACCUCAGGUCAUGAAAGGUUAUUUGAAGAAUAAAGCAGCGACAGAUAGAACUAUCGAUACUGAUGGAUGGCUUCACACUGGAGAUAUUGGCUAUUUUGAUAAAGAAGGAGACUUUUUCAUCGUAGAUCGCCUAAAAGAGCUAAUUAAAUAUAAAGGAUUUCAGGUUCCGCCUGCUGAAUUAGAAGAGCUACUUUUGACUCAUCCUAAAAUUGCUGAUGUUGCAGUUAUUGGUAUUCCCGAUAUUGAUGCUGGUGAAUUACCAAAAGCUUUUGUGGUAAAGCGAGCAAAUGAUGUUACCGAGGAGGAAGUUAUUGCUUUUGUAGCAUCAGAAGUCAGUCCUCACAAAAAACUGCGCGGAGGGGUAGAAUUUAUCGAAAGUAUUCCGAAAUCAGCUAGUGGUAAAAUUCUUCGAAGGCAGUUGAAAGCUCAAGAGAUUGAAAAAUACAAGAAGGUCAAUUCAACUCGAUUUUAA